UCUGGUACACCCAGCAGCACCCCUCUAAAAACCCAGCAACCCGUCCGGUACACCCAGCAGCACCCCUCUAAAAACCCAGCAGCUUCCCAGUCUCUUCAUUUCUCACUUCCACAAGCAACAAAUGAAACCGAAACCGAAAUUCCAAACGCCGUGAAAUCUGAAAGAAGAGGUUAUAUGGAUCUCCGACAGCGUCCGCAGCCAGCCCGCGGCGGACGCGGACCGAUACGCGCGCCGCUGCCGCCGAUGCAACAGGCCUACAACAUAAUCCCCAUCCACGACCUCCUCGCAGACCACCCCUCCCUCCGCUAUCCCGAGGUACGCGCCGCCGCCGCAGCCCUACGCGCCGUUGGGGACCUCCGUAAGCCGCCUUUCAUCCCCUGGAAUCCGUCCUACGACCUGAUGGACUGGCUGGGACUAUUCUUCGGGUUCCAAAUCGACAACGUUCGGAACCAGCGGGAGCAUUUGGUCCUCCACCUCGCCAACUCCCAAAUGCGCCUCCAGCCUCCGCCGAACAUAGUUGACUCGCUCGAGCCCGCCGUCCUCAGGCGGUUCCGCCGCAAAUUGCUCUACAACUACACCUCCUGGUGCUCGUACCUCGGCCGGAAGUCGAGCGUCAUCUUCGCCAGGCGCCGCGGCGGCGACGACCUCCGGCGCGAGCUGCUGUACGUGGCGCUGUUCCUGCUGAUUUGGGGUGAGUCCGGUAACGUUCGAUUCGUACCCGAAUGUGUAUGUUAUAUUUAUCAUCAUAUGGCUAUGGAACUGAACAAAGUGCUUGAUGAGUAUACGGACCCGGAUACGGGUAGCCCAUUUCUGCCAUUUGUUUCCGGGGACUGCGGGUAUCUGAAGAGUGUGGUGAUGCCAAUUUACCAGACGAUUAAAGCCGAGGUGGAGAGCAGCAGAAAUGGCACCGCUCCCCACUCGGCGUGGCGAAAUUAUGAUGAUAUAAACGAGUAUUUUUGGUCUAGGAGGUGUUUUAAGAAGCUCAAAUGGCCGAUUAAGUUCGAUAGUAACUUUUUCGCUACUACUCCGAAGGAUCGGAGGGUUGGGAAGACGGGGUUUGUGGAGCAGAGGUCGUUUUGGAAUCUGUUUAGGAGCUUUGAUAAGAUCUGGGUUAUGUUGAUUUUGUUUUUACAGGCCGCUAUUAUUGUUGCAUGGAAGGAGACAGAGUAUCCGUGGCAGGCGUUGGAUCGGAGGGAUGAUCAGGUGCAGGUGCUGACCGUGUUUAUUACUUGGGGCGGUCUUCGCCUUCUUCAGGCCGUGCUUGAUGCUGGGACUCAGUAUAGUUUGGUGUCCAAGGAGACAAUGUUGCUUGGGGUGAGGAUGGUGCUGAAGGGUCUGGCUGCUGCGACGUGGACUAUUGUGUUUUCUGUGUUUUAUGCACAGAUUUGGGCUCAAAGGAAUGAAGAUGGGAGGUGGUCCGCUGAGGCCAAUCGGAGGAUUGUUGUUUUUCUUGAGGCUGCACUUGUUUUCAUUGUCCCAGAGGUGUUGGCAUUGGUUUUCUUUAUAGUUCCUUGGGUGAGAAACUUCCUUGAGGGGUUGGAUUUUAGUAUACUAUAUGUGUUCACAUGGUGGUUUCAUACGCGGAUUUUCGUGGGUCGUGGACUGAGGGAAGGGCUUGUCAGUAAUAUCAAGUAUACAUUGUUUUGGAUUGCAGUAUUGGGUUCGAAAUUCUCUUUCAGUUAUUUCCUUCAGAUCAAGCCUCUUGUUUCCCCGACGAAGGCUCUCUUGGACAUAAAGAAUUUCGAUUACAAAAUACAUUUGUUUUUUGGCAGCGGGAAUAGAAUAGCAAUUGUGUUUUUGUGGAUCCCUGUUGUGUUGAUGUACUUUAUGGAUUUGCAAAUAUGGUUUGCCAUUUACCAAUCCUUAAUUGGUGCAGCAAUUGGGCUGUUUUCGCAUUUGGGCGAGAUCCGAAAUAUAAAACAGCUAAGGCUUAGAUUUCAGUUCUUUGCCAGUGCAUUGCAAUUUAAUCUUAUGCCAGAGGAGGAGUCCUUACGUCCUGAGGUCACGGCGGUGAGGAAGCUCCGUGAGGCCAUCCACAGACUGAAACUGCGUUAUGGACUUGGUCAAGCUUACAAGAAAACUGAAUCCAGCCAAGUUGAAGCUACCAGGUUUGCCUUGAUAUGGAAUGAAAUCAUGACAACUUUCAGGGAGGAAGAUCUCAUUAGUGAUCGAGAACUUGAGCUCUUGGAACUGCCACCUAAUUGUUGGAACAUUAGGGUUAUUCGCUGGCCAUGUUGCCUCCUCUGCAAUGAACUAUUGCUUGCUCUGAGUCAGGCAAAAGAGAUGGGAGAGGAACAUGACCAGUUGCUUUGGUUGAAGAUAUGCAAGAAUGAGUAUCGGCGGUGUGCUGUCAUUGAAGCUUAUGACAGCAUCAAGUAUCUUCUGCUUCACAUGGUUGUUAAAGAUGGCACGGAAGAAAAUUCCAUUGUUAAAAUUUUUUUCAUGGAGAUAGAUCAAUGUAUUCUGACCGAGAAGGUCACGGUUACAUACAAGAUGUCUCUGCUUCCGCAAAUUCAUGCUAAGUUGAUUUCUCUUAUUGAGCUUCUAAUGCAACAAAAGAAAGAUGUAAGCAAGGUUGUGGAUGUUCUGCAGGCCUUGUACGAACUUUCUGUUCGUGAGUUCCCGAGGGUGAAGAAGACCAUGGACACCUUGAGGAUGGAAGGCCUGGCACCUCGUAGUUCAGCCGCUGAUGCAGACUUUCUUUUUGAAAAGGCAGUCAACUUUCCUGAUGAUGAGGAUGCGGUCUUCUUUAGGCAUCUGCGUCGACUGCAUACAAUUCUCACUUCUAGAGACUCAAUGCACAAUGUCCCAAUGAAUCUUGAGGCGAGGCGACGUAUCGCUUUCUUUAGCAAUUCUCUUUUUAUGAAUAUGCCCCGUGCUCCCUAUGUUGAAAAAAUGAUGGCUUUCAGCGUGCUGACUCCAUACUACGAUGAGGAAGUGUUGUAUGGAAAAGAAGCUCUUCGAAGUGAGAAUGAAGAUGGCAUCUCCACCCUCUUUUAUCUGCAGAAGAUUUAUGCAGAUGAGUGGACGAACUUUAUGGAACGGAUGCACAGACAGGGCAUGGAGAAUGACGACGAAAUCUUUCAAACGAAGGCAAGGGAUCUCCGUGUUUGGGCAUCGUUCAGAGGCCAGACUUUAUCUCGCACUGUUAGAGGAAUGAUGUACUACUAUAGGGCCCUUAAGAUGCUUGCAUUUCUUGAUACUGCAUCUGAGAUGGACAUAAGGGAUGGAUCGCAGCAAGUUGGUUCUCAUGUUUUGGGAAGCCAAAGUAGUGGUUUGGAUGGUAUACAGUCAGGCAUGUAUCAUUCUUCUCGGAAACUUGGAAGAACAAGUAGCAGCGUCAGUUAUUUAUUCAAGGGGAAUGAACAUGGGAUUGCUAUGUUGAAGUUCACAUACGUGGUUGCCUGCCAAGUAUACGGGCAACACAAGGCGAAGGGAGACUACCGUGCUGAGGAGAUCUUAUAUCUUAUGAAAAACAAUGAGGCCCUUCGAGUUGCCUAUGUUGAUGAGGUUCACUUGGGGAGGGACGAGGUUGAGUAUUACUCUGUCCUUGUUAAAUAUGAUCAGGAGAUGCAAAGGGAGGUUGAGAUCUAUCGGAUUAGGUUGCCUGGUCCACUGAAGCUUGGGGAAGGCAAACCAGAAAAUCAGAACCAUGCCAUAAUCUUCACUAGGGGUGAUGCAAUUCAGACCAUUGACAUGAACCAAGACAAUUAUUUUGAGGAGGCACUCAAAAUGCGGAAUUUGUUGGAGGAAUUUAAGCACUUCUAUGGUAUAAGGAAGCCGACUAUCUUGGGUGUCCGUGAGAAUAUCUUCACUGGUUCUGUGUCGUCUCUUGCUUGGUUCAUGUCUGCUCAGGAGAUGAGUUUUGUGACCCUGAACCAGCGCGUUCUUGCAAACCCUUUGAAGGUGCGAAUGCACUACGGUCACCCAGAUGUGUUUGACAGAUUCUGGUUCUUGCCUCGGGGUGGUAUUAGCAAGGCUUCUAAAGUGAUCAAUAUCAGCGAGGACAUAUUUGCUGGCUUCAAUUGUACAUUGCGAGGUGGCAAUGUGACUCACCAUGAAUAUAUACAGGUGGGCAAGGGGAGGGAUGUCGGGUUGAAUCAGAUCUCGAUGUUUGAGGCUAAGGUUGCUAGUGGCAACGGUGAGCAGGUUUUAAGCAGAGAUGUGUACCGGCUGGGUCAUAGAUUGGACUUCUUUCGAAUGCUUUCAUUCUUCUACUCAACUGUUGGGUUCUACUUUAACACGAUGAUGGUGAUACUGACUGUUUAUUCAUUCUUGUGGGGCCGCCUUUUUCUUUCUCUCAGUGGCAUCGAGGACAAGACAAGCAACAACAAAUCGCUUGGUGUGGUCUUGAACCAGCAAUUUAUUAUCCAGCUAGGUCUCUUCACUGCCCUCCCAAUGAUUGUCGAAAACUCUCUUGAACAGGGUUUCCUUCGAGCAGUUUGGGAUUUCUUAACAAUGCAGUUGCAGCUUGCUUCAGCUUUCUACACAUUCUCAAUGGGAACUCGUACCCACUUCUUUGGCCGUACUAUUCUUCAUGGGGGUGCAAAAUACCGAGCAACUGGACGUGGUUUUGUGGUCGAACACAAGAGCUUUGCCGAGAACUAUCGACUCUACUCUCGAAGCCAUUUUGUGAAGGCAAUUGAGCUUGGGAUCAUUUUAAUAGUGUAUGCUGCUCAUAGCUCUGUUGCGGAUACUUUUGUUUACAUUGCCAUGUCAAUCUCAAGCUGGUGUCUCGUAUUGUCGUGGAUAAUGGCACCAUUCGUGUUCAACCCUUCAGGAUUUGACUGGCUGAAAACUGUAUAUGACUUUGAUGAUUUUAUGAACUGGUUAUGGUAUUCCGGGGGUGUGUUUACGAAAGCUGAACAGAGCUGGGAAACAUGGUGGUAUGAGGAACAAGACCAUCUGAGAACAACUGGUCUUUGGGGAAAGCUGUUGGAAAUUAUUCUGGAUCUUCGUUUCUUCUUCUUCCAGUAUGGUGUUGUGUAUCAACUGAACAUUACUGGCGGAAAUACAAGUAUAGCUGUUUACUUGCUAUCUUGGAUAUACAUGGUGGUGGCUGUUGGAAUCUAUAUAGUCCUAGCAUAUGCUCAGGACAAAUAUGCAGCAAAGGACCACAUUUACUACCGGCUAGUUCAGCUUAUUGUCAUAAUUGCCUUGGUACUCGUAGCCGUGUUGCUGAUUGAGUUCACUAAGUUCAACUUUCUUGAUUUCAUCUCAAGUCUCUUGGCAUUCAUCCCUACUGGCUACGGUAUAAUCUUAAUAGCUCAAGUACUCAGACCUUUUCUGCAGUCUACGGUGGUGUGGGAUACUGUUGUUUCGUUGGCCCGACUGUAUGAUUUGAUUUUCGGAGUGAUUGUUAUGGCUCCUGUGGCAUUGCUGUCAUGGUUACCUGGAUUUCAGUCAAUGCAGACUAGGAUCUUGUUCAAUGAAGCGUUCAGCCGGGGUCUUCAGAUAUCUCGUAUUCUUACCGGCAAAAAGUUCCAAUGAGAUGCAUUCAGAGGUCACGAUUCUUCCAUUGGUGAAUUCAGCUGCUGAUCUGCACUAAUCAGCACAUCUUUCCUCCUCUUCUGAUGCUCCUGUGUUCAAUUUGCGAGUCACCGAAUUUUUUCGGGCUAGAGAUUUUGUAAUGAAGCAGGGUAAUUCGAGUAAUUCGAGUGAUUAGUUGUUAAGGAUCUGGUUUUGUAAAUAUUUGUUCAUAUCUAGCGUAGCUUCUGUUCUAUGCUAGGUAGCUUAUUUGCUAUUUCCCACCUAUCACUUUUUCUA